GGGCCUGGACUGGUGUAGGGUCGUUAAAGUUUCUGUUCCGGCCAGCAGGUUGCUGUUUUUCUUGCGCGGCCGGGUUCCAUAUACACGAUAAAACUGCGGAAACAGCAACAAUGUCGUUGGAACGUAUAUACAUAACAAGACACGGAUACCGUUCAAACUGGAUCGAAGACGUGCCAAUCCCGCCUCCGCCGACGGGAAUCGACGGCGACUUUGUUCUUUCGGCGCACGGCGAGGAACAAGCUAUCGAGCUGGCUGAUUACCUAGCGACAGUUGAGCCGAAGAUUGAGAGGAUAUAUUGCUCGCCGUUUUAUCGGUGCUUGCAGACGGUGGAUGAGUUGGCUAAGCGAUUGGAUGUGCCGAUUUGGCCGGAGAAUGGUGUAGGGGAGUGGUAUGGGGUGACUAGAGCUACCCACCCGGUUCCCGCGACGGUCGAGACUCUGCACAAAUUCUUUCCCCUGGUGGAUAAAGAGUACACGCCAAUGAUUGUGCCGUCAUCGAACGGCGAGACCAAAGACGAGCUUCACGCGCGAGCAGCAGAGGCACUGCGACAGAUAAUCGAGCGCGCAAACAAAGACGGGAUCCGCGCGCUGCUGAUCUGCUCGCACGCCGCGACUCUGAUUGCCAUCGGCCGCGCACUGACGGGAAACUCCGGGUUCGAGGUGCGGACGGGCGUCAGUUCGGUGGGCGAGUAUGCGGCGAAGGGGGAUGAUGGGAAUGGGGUCGGGAAGUGGACGUGUGUGCGCAAUGGCGAUGCGGGACAUCUGAGCCAGGGCGAGGAGCGACACUGGGAUUUCGAGGCGGGCAACUACGACUUUCUGGAUGUGCAGGCGCACAAGUCGAGUAUUGCGUGAGCUGGUGGUUUGCUGUGAGGUGAGGAUGAUGACGGUGAUGAUAAUGUCUUAUAGAGACACUUAGAGCUGCUGGAUGGUAGAUACAAUACAAUGAUCUUGCUUGAAUGCUUGACUACAGGCCCUAAUGACCACAACCCAUCAACUCUCACUUACUUCCUCUCUUAACUCAUCUCAUCGACCCGUGGCGCAUUGCGGGCUGAAGCAGGCUGAAGC